UGCGCGCGCUCGUAGGUUUCUCGUAGCGGCGCGCUGCAUUGUGGGACGGUGGCGGCGGAGGCCUAGACAAGCAGCAGCAUUUGUGAGUGUUUGACACGCGUGUGUUUAUAUUUUUCCGCGGCUGAUAUCGGUGCAGUCUACCCGGCGGUGAUCGGUGAGUGAUGGGGCAGGAGGAUCUGAUGAGCGCGGCGGAGGACGUGGCGGAUCAGUUCUUGCGGGUCACUAAGCAGUAUCUGCCUCACGUCGCUCGCCUGUGUCUCAUCAGCACGUUCCUGGAGGACGGCAUCCGCAUGUGGUUCCAGUGGAACGAGCAGAGAGACUACAUCGAGGCCACGUGGAGCUGCGGAUACUUCCUCGCCACCUGCUUUGUGCUGCUCAACCUCAUAGGACAGAUCGGUGGAUGUGUUCUGGUCCUCAGUAGAAACUUCGUUCAGUACGCUUGCUUCGGGUUGUUUGGCAUCAUCGCACUACAGACAGUCGCCUACAGUAUUCUAUGGGAUCUCAAGUUUCUCAUGAGGAAUCUGGCUCUGGGUGGAGGACUGCUGCUGCUGCUGGCCGAGUCUCGCUCCGAAGGGAAGAGCAUGUUUGCCGGCGUUCCGUCGAUGGGCGAGAGUUCGCCGAAGCAGUACAUGCAGCUGGGCGGACGAGUGCUGCUGGUGCUCAUGUUCAUGACGCUGCUGCACUUCGACUCCAGCUUCUUCUCUAUCCUGCAGAACAUGGUGGGAACGGCUCUCAUCAUCCUGGUGGCCGUGGGCUUCAAGACUAAGCUGGCCGCGCUGACGCUGGUGGUGUGGCUCCUGGCCAUCAACGUCUACUUCAACGCCUUCUGGACGGUGCCUGCGUACAAACCCAUGCACGACUUCCUCAAGUACGACUUCUUCCAGACCACGUCGGUCAUCGGAGGCCUGCUGCUGGUGGUGGCGCUGGGCCCCGGCGGCGUGUCCAUGGACGAGAAGAAGAAGGAGUGGUGAGGAGACGUUCGGGAAGAACCCGAGACGCGAGAACUGGCUCGUUUGCUUUCAGAACGACCCGAUUGCGUCACCGUUUCACGCACUUCCUCUUGCGUUGUUAAAUCCUGGAGUUUUAUUUACCGUGUUUUCCUGCAUUGCAGCAAGUCAUUUCAGUCACGUUUUCUCAUCGUUAGUGUUAAUGAAACUGUUUAUAGAGAACUGUUUAAAAGCGCUGUGACAGAUAUAGAAAUGUGAAAUGGACUGAACAGGUUGUGAAUGUAACACGAAACGGAGCAUCACAUCUUCAUCAUCUUUCUGGACUCUUGAUCAUGUUUGUGGCUGAAUCUCGUCAGAUGAUGCUGCUGUGGGCCUAACGCAUCUGUGGUGCGUCCGAUCGCUCGUGUGAACUCUGUACUGUAGCGUCUCGGGCUCUCGCUCGAGUUGAUUGUCGGACAGGACGUUCGUCGAAUUCCGUUGUUUUACAGUCGACGCCGGACGAACGGGACGGGAGCUCCUGUUCCUCCACCUGGUCUAUCCGAGUCUUGCUCAAGUGUUUUCUGUUGAUUCUAAAAAAAAAAUAAGUCACUGUGUUGAUUUUUCAGAAGUUUAUAUUGUAUUUUUGACUUUCAGUUUUCAGAUCAUGGCGGAAAAAUAAAGCAAAACCAACAAAUGA